GCGAAGAAGAGAGUCAAAACAUUUGGUUUGUACGAACAAUUGAACAUGUACAAAAAUGUUUUGUGGAAGCAAACACUGAGUGAGAGAAGCAAAAAGAAAUGAAGAGAGUGAAUGGAUGAUGUAAGGUCACCUUCAAAAUAUGAAAUGCCGGUGCAUAUAUAUACUAGAGCUACAGCCAGAUUCGUCAUUCUAUACAAACUAGCCAACCGAUACAAUACUACUUCAAAAACGAUUUGACUUUCAAGCAGGAACCACAUAACAAAUUAUUUCCAGUACAUUUUUUCUUCAAUAUUAUUAUAUUCAAGUGUUUUUCUAAGUUCAAACGACAUUUUUUUUAUUCAACUUUUGGACCAGUCAAAUAAACAAGAUAUGUCAUCAAUCAAAGAACAACUAUUUUCGGAAGUGGCCGAAUGCGAUGCCUCAUCCAAUAACAAAGUGACCGUUGUCGGCAUUGGCCAAGUCGGUAUGGCUUGUGCAUUCAGUAUUUUAACGCAGAAUGUUUCAAGUGACUUGGCAUUGAUUGAUGUUGCCGCAGACAAGCUUCAAGGUGAAUUAAUGGAUCUACAACAUGGAUCUGCAUUCAUUAAAAAUGCAAAAAUCCAAGCCAGUACCGAUUUUUCGGUAAGUGCCGGAUCUCGGUUGUGUAUCAUAACGGCCGGUGCACGUCAGCGUCCAGGCGAAAGUCGAUUGGAUUUAGUGCAACGCAAUACAGACAUUUUUAAGGGAAUCAUCCCAAAAUUGGUUGAAUAUAGCCCAAAUACGAUUUUACUCGUUGUAUCAAAUCCCGUAGAUAUUUUGACAUAUGUUGCCUGGAAAUUGAGCGGUUUGCCAAAGAAUCGUGUCAUUGGUUCUGGCACGAAUUUGGAUUCAUCUCGAUUCCGUUUCCUCAUGAGUCAACGUUUAAACAUUGCACCAACAUCAUGUCAUGGCUGGAUUAUUGGAGAACACGGUGACUCUAGUGUAAUAAGUCGAUGUGAAGCCGGCGAAAUAAUUCCCGUAUGGUCAGGUGUUAAUGUUGCUGGCGUGCGAUUACGUGAAUUGAAUCCAGAUGUUGGCACCGAUUCGGACACAGAGAAAUGGUGUGAAUUACACUCAGAAGUUGUAAACAGCGCUUAUGAAGUUAUCAAACUAAAGGGAUACACCUCAUGGGCCAUUGGAUUGAGUUGCGCAUCACUUGCAUCAUCCAUUUUGCGUAACACCAACAACGUUCAUGCCGUUUCUACAUUGGUCAACCAGGGAGAACAUGGAAUCAAAGAGGAGGUCUAUUUGUCAUUGCCAUGUGUUUUGACCGCCAAUGGUGUUUCACAUAUCGUCAAGCAAAUUCUCACCGAUUCGGAAACAGUUCAAUUGCAAAAGUCAGCGGCAUUGAUGCAACAAGUUCAGCUAGGGAUCAAAUGGUAGAUCCGUACUUUAAGUUUUUUACAACACAGAUCUGUAUUACAUGAGACAAGACCAACCUCAACGACAAUUAAAAUAAAAGCAGAAAAACGACUAUUUAAAAUUGUUCUAAAUUGACGACGACGACGACGACGACAACAACAAAUAUUUGAAAUAUUGGAAUAUGAAUAAUAUAACAUUUAUUUAUCGAUGCACUACUUAUCGAUAAGGUCUAUCAAAUAUAUGAUUAAUAAUAUGUAAAAUGAUAAGCAUUAAAAUGAAAUCAAAUUGAGGAAACAUAAGAAACAAUGCAUAUAAUAUUUAGAUAAAAAAAAAUCUUAUUGUUCGUCGAUCGAGCGUUUUGAUCUUCGAUUAAAUCCUUAAAUCUAAAUUAAUUGAACACAAAAUUGAUUAGCAAUUGGUAUGUAUUAAUAGACAAAACACAAAUAAUACCCAAUUCGAACAUAUUGUCAAUUUGGAUGAAAAUUUAUUGUAUGUUUAUUUUUUACUUUUAUGAAUUGGCAUUUUCAAAUGAGAUGUGGAAUUGGAAGUAAUUAGUGAAAAUUUUUCGCCAAAAUUUUUGAAAUUACUGAAAUUCGGACAAACUCAAAAAUUAACACAAUCUACCUCAAAAAAACGAUUUAUAGAAUGAUGAAUCUAAAGAAAAUUUAAAAGAAAUGGAAAACGAACAAAAGCUCCGGUGAUACGGUUCGGUUUUUCUUAACAUUUUCAAAAUAAUCACACAAUUCUUUAGAUAAUAACAAUAAAAUAAAAAACAACCGGUAAAUACUGGAUUCACUGGUAAUCAAGAUCUAGAAAAAAUGAAUUCAAAUCGAUAUAGGCAAAACGUUAAAUUUUUCUCUAAACUUUUUUCCAUUUGGGUAAAUUCUCUGAAUUGGAAAUAGAUAAUUAAGCCAAUUGUUGUUUAGUAAAAGAUAAAGUUCAUUAGAUUUUAAUAAUGUGAAGGUUAACUUAACUGGCACACACAAUGUAUCAAUUUAGAGAAAAGCACACACACAAAUCAAUAAAAUAUCUUAUCAUUGAGCAAAA